AUGCCUGAUCUUAAAGCAGUCGUUACCGAGUAUUUCCUUCUUAUUGAAGAUUCCAGUGAUAUAGUGAAAAUGGAAGCAAAGAACGCUGCGCCGAGCGUUAGCAGCCGUUCCAUAUUUGCUGGCGGGCUUGUCAUGUCAUGUGAUCCGAUGGUGUGGAUGCUGGAGAGGAGCGUUUACAAAAGGCUCUGUGCCUAUUGUCUCCAGGAGAGCCUUGAACUGCGCACAUGCUCAGGAUGCCAGAUGCAUCGUUAUUGCAGUGGCGCUUGCCAGCUCGCUGAUUGGAAGGUGGAGCAUAAACUGGAAUGUGCAAUGAUGAAGGAGAUGAGCGUACACCUUAAUGAACUGAUGGAUGAACUGACGGGCGAGCCAGCGGUUUCCGGGCCAUCGGGCCGUGUCCACUCAUCCAGGCGACCAGAUGUCCCCUUUGCCGCGGUCUUCUUUUGUCUGUCCGCAAAGCUACUGAAUAAGACUAAGAAGAACGCGGUGAUGGACAUUCCGGGAUUAGGUUCGAAAUCUGUCGCAGACCUUGUGCUCAUAUUUACGGGAAAUGCCUCACAACCGGACGACGAAGUGUCGAUGCAACAAGAAUUUCUGAAACAUAAUGGUUUGGACCUUUACGAUAUGCUCGCGCCCCGCCUACCAAUCGGCAGAGCGGUGUAUCCACAAGCACUGCGCGCACGAAUGACGCCUGUCAGCUGGGAUAUCAAUGUGGUGCUGAAUCGCCGCGGACGAAUGCUGCUUAUGCACGCCGUGGAAGACAUUCCGCUUUUUAAUGGGCUUCAAGAUUUGCGGUUUAACGACAUGGGAGAUCCAUUCCGCUUGACCCGAGUGGAGCGGCGCGCGGAAUUUGAGAGGCGCUACGGACAUCCGUGCAGUUGCCGCAAAUGCACCGAAGCAUAUGUGCGGUACCCAACAAACUUAAGGGAAUACCCCAAACUUGUAAUACCCAACCUUCAUCGAAAUGUUUAG